UUCCAUCUCUUCUGCUUUUCAGGGAUCCCGUUGGACAUUCCAGGCCACACGCAUGAACGGUGAAAUUGGCGGCUUUACAAUUAAACCAAAUCAAAUGCAGGUCGUAAACCCUGUCCUGAUUUUGAUCCUGAUCCCCAUAUUCGAUUCGUUCAUAUAUCCUAUACUCGGCAAGUGUAACCUACUGAAGAGACAACUACCUAGGAUGUUUGUCGGAGGUCUUUCAGCUGGCAUUGCCUUUGUGGUGUCGGGUAUGUUGGAACUUAAGCUUGAGAGCACGUAUCCAGUUCCUGUUGGACAAGGUGAAGCUAGACUGUCAUUCAUUAACAUCUUGCCUUGUGGUGUUACCUUCUCACCUGAAUGGGAUGAAAGUGUGACCCUAACUAGCAUGGAGCAGAAGAAAUAUGAAAGCGUGCCUCUGGAUAGACCAGGCAGUAUUCUGAAUGAUCUUCAUGUCAGUAUUUCAUUUGACAAUACAGCCUGUGGAGAAGUGACCGAAUACAACGAAGGUCCUAUGACCGUUCAAGUUGUGGACAAAACGGCAUUUACUGCAAUGAUAACAGCGAGUGACCACAAAGCAAUGAUCGUCAAUGUGAACCCACCGGAUGAAUAUGAGAAACCGACAGCAGGAAACCCUAGCGUUAGAAUGCUGUUCAACCUGGACCCCAGCAUACCCUUCAAUUCUUCCGUACUCUUGAAGUUGCCGGAGGAUUCACUGUCUUACAACUUCUACAUCUCUAAUUCUGAUGAAGGUCAUAUAUCAGGCACCAAGUUUCAAACUAUUGAGCCUGGAACGUAUAAUGUGUUCUUGCCAACUACCAAACUUGGUGAGCAUGAAAAAGAGCCUAUUGGUGAAAUUACUGUUAAAUUUGGUGGCGUCUACAAUUUCUUGGUUGAGAAGCCCUUAGUAAAAGGUGGAAAUGCUAAUGUGACAGUAUACCAAAUAACUGAAGAGAAUUCAGUCCAUAUGCUUUGGCUGAUCCCACAGUAUUUGAUCAUCACGAUAUCGGAGGUCAUGUUCUCCAUUACUGGUUUGGAGUUUUCCUUUACGCAGGCACCUGCUACAAUGAAGUCUGUCCUCCAAGCUGCUUGGCUUUUAACUACAGCCUUUGGGAACUUGAUUGUUGUGGUUGUUGCAGAGGCCAAGUUUGUUAAGAGACAGUCUAUGGAGUUCUUCCUGUUUGCUGGACUGAUGUUUGUCGACAUGGUCAUUUUUGCUGCCUUGGCCUUUAAUUAUAAGUAUGUGGACGAAGUGAAAGAAGAGCACACGAACACCAACACGAGAGGAGACGACGACAGACCUCCCGUUGCUGCCGCUGGCAAAGAAAAUGAUGGAUUCUGUGAUGAUGAAACCAAGUUGUAACAUCCACAUUAGUUUAUGUGAAAUUCAGGGUUGCAAGUCAAUUUAUUACACUUAUUCUCACUUGAUUUCUACAAUUAUGAUUGUGAUAAUCGUUUCCCAGAUUAGUUGUGUUAACAAAAAUCUACUGUUGUUUUGCUAUUAAGAAUUUUUUGUUUUAUGAAAAUCUUUUACUACAUCACGUAUUCAGAAUCCUAUUACAGAACUAUCCACGUUUACAGAGAAUACAUA